CAUAUGAUUGGAAGUUACACAAUGACGUCGACGGAAGUGUUUUCGGCCGCUAGCGCGGGAAGACUUACUGACGUUGUUGAAGACACAGAGCUAAACAGACAGGGGUCGAGCCAGCUGCCAGAAUUAUUAUUACUACUACUGGAGUUUUAGAUAUUCAUUCACUCCGCCCUAGAAUAAAGAAGAGUCAUGCAAGCAUUUUUGAAAGGAGCAACAGUUCAGGCAGCCAGGCCUCAGAAAGAUAAGGCAGUUGCUGGACCCAGUGCAGAGAAGAAGGCCAAGGCUGUUCCUUGGGUAGAAAAGUACAGGCCAAAGUGUGUUGAUGAGGUGGCCUUUCAGGAGGAGGUUGUAGCAGUGUUGAAGAAGUCUCUGGAAGGAGCAGAUCUUCCCAACUUGCUCUUCUAUGGCCCUCCUGGAACAGGAAAGACCUCUACCAUCUUAGCUGCUGCCAGAGAACUUUAUGGUCCAGAACUGUACAGGCAGAGGGUGCUGGAGCUCAAUGCCUCAGAUGAAAGAGGCAUCCAGGUCGUCAGAGAUAAAGUCAAAAACUUUGCUCAGCUCACUGUUGCCGGGACACGCCCAGACGGGAAGUCGUGUCCUCCUUUUAAGAUCAUCAUACUGGAUGAGGCCGAUUCCAUGACAGCGCCAGCUCAAGCUGCUCUCAGACGGACCAUGGAGAAGGAGUCUCGCACAACUCGGUUUUGUCUCAUCUGUAACUAUAUAAGCAGGAUUAUUGAGCCUCUGACUUCUCGGUGCUCCAAGUUUCGCUUCAAACCUCUAGCCAAUCAGAUCCAGGAAGAACGCCUACUAGAGAUAUGCGAAAAGGAGAACCUCAAGUACACCAAAGAGAGUAUAGCAGCAUUGGUGCGAGUGUCUGAAGGCGACCUGCGGAAAGCCAUCACAUUUUUGCAAAGUGCUGCACGCCUCAAUGUCGACAAGGAAAUCACUGAUUGUGCUGUUAUUGAAAUAGCAGGGGUUGUACCUGACAAGAUGAUUGACAACCUGCUCCAGAUCUGCUUCAGAGGAACAUUUGAGAAACUGGAGGUAGCAGUCAGGAACAUGGUGGAUGAAGGCUACGCAGCCACACAGAUCUUGACACAGCUUCAUGAGUGUGUCAUAGAGCAGGACCUGAGUGACAAGCAGAAGUCGACUAUCACAGAGAAGAUGGCAGUUGUGUGCAAGUGUCUGUCAGAUGGUGCAGACGAGUACCUGCAGCUGUUGAGUCUGUGUUCAGUCAUCAUGCAGGAGGCUUCCCACAACUAAAUCCCCUUCCAUAAACAGCAUGGUCAUCUGCUCCCAUUGGGACCAAAGGCUUUACAGAGACACUUAACUCAGAUUUAUCUGCAUUUGAUUGUUGUUUGGGAUGCUUAACCGUGGACACCAGGCGACAGUGAUCAUUCAUAAACAACGUCAGAGCACUUCAUUAAAAAAAAGAAAAAAAGGACAUGUUACUACUUAUCCAACAUACUUUUGUACACUUUUUGAAUUCUGGAAAAUAAUAAAUAGUUCUUUCUUGUU